AUGUCUGACGUUGAAGAACAAUACGUUGAAGAACAACCAGUUGUUCAAGAAGAAUUACAAAUUGUUGAAUUAGCUACCCCAAUCCCAGCUGAAGUUCAAGCUGCUCAACAAGAAGUUAAAUUAUUCAACAAAUGGUCUUUUGAAGAAGUUGAAGUUAAAGAUGUUUCUUUAACCGAUUACGUUCAAAUCAGACAACCAGUUUUCGUUUCCCACACUGCUGGUAGAUACGCUUCUAAAAGAUUUAGAAAAGCUCAAUGUCCAAUUGUUGAAAGAUUAACUAACUCUUUAAUGAUGAACGGUAGAAAUAACGGUAAAAAAUUAAAGGCUGUUAGAAUCGUCAAACACGCUUUAGAAAUCAUCAACGUUUUAACCGAACAAAACCCUCUCCAAGUUGUUGUUGACGCUGUUGUCAACUCCGGUCCAAGAGAAGAUUCCACCAGAAUUGGUUCUUCCGGUACCGUUAGAAGACAAGCUGUUGAUGUUUCUCCAUUAAGAAGAGUUAACCAAGCUAUCUCUUUAUUAACCAUUGGUGCCAGAGAAGCUUCUUUCAGAAAUGUUAAAACUAUUGCUGAAUGUUUAGCUGAAGAAUUAAUUAACGCUGCUAAAGGUUCUUCUACCUCUUAUGCCAUCAAAAAGAAGGAUGAAUUGGAAAGAGUUGCUAAAUCUAACCGUUAAGAUUACAAAAGUAUCUUGUUGGGUUU